AUGUGCCUGCCAGUGGUGCUGCUACUGCUGUCGCUGCUGCCGGACCAGGGACCCGGACCUGGCUUGGCCUCCAGGAAGUCACAUGUGCAGAGGCGAGGGCUUCUGGAGCUGGUAGGGACCCUGCAGUGUGCCAGCACCCUCUCUGCCCUGGCCUAUAUAAGCUAUGGUUGCCACUGUGGCCUGGGCGGCCGUGGCUGGCCUCGGGACUCCACAGACUGGUGCUGCCACAGCCAUGACUGUUGCUAUGAUGUUGCCGAGAAGGCAGGCUGCAGCCCCAAGCUGGAGCGUUACUCCUGGAAGUGCAUCAACAAUCGAUUUAUUUGUGGCCCCACGAAGAACAAAUGCCAAGAGCUCAUAUGCAAGUGUGACCAGGAGGCAGCUCAGUGCCUAGCCCAGGCCAAGUACCACAUCAAGCACCUCUUCUACCCCUACUUCUUAUGUGGGGGGGGCUCACCCAAGUGUGACUUGCGUUGGACUUGA